UGAGUUCGACGUUCCUAUCAGUGUUCCACUUUCCCCUGGUUCCGCUUCUGUAUCCCUUGGCUCCCAUCCAGAUACUGUCUGCACGCACGCGCAUCCUUUCACAUGACGCAAUCCAUCCUCCAUUUUUCUCGUGAUGCAAGCCUGCUGCGUAGCGCUUGUUCCGAUCAGACCCAUCAUUUGCACUUUGGACACAGCAUGCUGAUUUGCUGAGACUUUUCCAUUUGCUCCUGAUGGCACUCGUAGGCAAUUAGGGAUGCUCAAUCGCACAUCUUGGCGUCGGACCAGACGGCCUGCGUGUUUGGCGAAGAUGUGGCAUUCGGUGGAGUGUUUCGCAGCACGAUGGGCUUGGAGGCCGAAUACUCGAGGGAACGCGUCUUCAACACUCCUCUUUGCGAGCAAGGCUUGGUGGGAUUCGGCAUCGGUAUGGCAGCGAUGGGUCACACGGCCAUCGCAGAGGUGCAAUUCGCAGACUACAUUCUCCCCGCAUAUGAUCAGAUUGUCAACGAGGCGGCCAAGUACAACUACAGGAGCGGAGGUCAGCACAGUGCUGGCAAGCUCACCAUUCGAGCGCCUUGCAUGGGAGUCGGUCAUGGUGCGCUCUACCACUCUCAGAGCGUGGAACAGCUCUUCAUGGGAGUACCUGGUCUCAAGGUGGUCAUUCCACGCUCGCCCAUCCAAGCCAAGGGUCUGCUGCUCUCUAGCAUUCGCGAUCCUGAUCCAGUGAUCUUCUUGGAACCCAAGAUUCUGUACAGAUCUUCGGUCGAACACUGUCCGGUGGACGACUUUACCCUUCCCCUCUCUUCCGCCGAGAUCCUAACUCCGGGCAAGGAUUUGACUCUAAUCUCGUACGGCGCACCGCUUUACACCUGUGCGCAGGCCAUCGAGAUGCUGCGCAACCCUUCCAGCACCAUCUCCGCCCACAUUUCCCCGCACCUCCGAACCGCUUCGAUCGAGCUGAUUGAUCUGCGAACCAUCCUGCCAUGGGAUCGAGAGACGGUCGUCGAGUCGGUUCGAAAGACAGGAAGAUGCGUCAUCGUUCACGAAGCUCCCGUCACUGCUGGUGUUGGAGCCGAGAUCUCGGCUCAUGUGCAAAAAGAGGCUUUCUUGAACCUCGAAGCGCCCGUCGAGAGAGUGGGGGGUUGGGACACGCCUUUUCCUCAUGUACACGAGAGCUUUUACAAGCCCGGACCCACGCGCAUCCUCGACGCUCUUGUUCGAACCCUGACGUACUGAUGCGGCACCAUGUAAAUGCCGUCGAAUGCACGAACCUUUGGAUCGGCUUGGCUCGCAGGAUUGUGCUGGUCUAGUGUGUUCAUAUCCGUCGCAGCGUGGAGGGACGUUGUGUGGCA